UAUUUCGGAACAAGCGCUGAACUAGCGAUAUGCAUGGAUAGCCAAGAUAAGAAUUCUGGAUAGCUGCCUAGUACAGCUUCUUGGCAGCAACAUCCUUAAGAACAGUCUUCUUGAAUCCCUCUGCGCUUUCGAACGGCUACCAAAGACGUGCUAUCAAGUGCACUCUGCCCUAUUGACGGAAGUCAACUUGCCCAUGCACGAUAUAAAUAGGAUCCUAUUUUUCUUACUCCUGCUCCCAUUUCUCAAAGGGACAUACGCCAGCAACAUCAAUAUUACCGAUUGUUUUGUCAAUUUCAGGUCUAAUGCGAACCAAAGCCUCGAUCCGUCAGGAUUGGUGAAUGGCAAUGGCGGAAAUGUCUUAUCCUCGGACAUCAUGUCCGCAGUUGGAUUCACGUACGAGACGUGUCUCUCGCAGUGCGGCUCUGGAACACAGAAUCCCACCUGGGCAAACAUAUCACAACAGUUCGGUGCCUGGCUAUUGCCUUACCUUGCGCUCAUUUCUCAGUUGCCUUUCGGUGCCAGACAUAGAGUUGACAAUCUCAUGUCUGCCAUCCUCACAGUCGGAUCACCGGUUCUCGCUGGUUACUCGAUGAUCCUCACCAUUCUCAACGCCAACUGGAUCAGUCGUCGGUUCGAAGACAUAUCCUUCCCUAAUACUAAAGACGCUGUCCGUAUCCUUAUAAGCCUUCAGCAAAGUCCACUGAGAAUAACAAAUGAGGACUCGCUGCUGAGCUCUCUCGUUGUCCUGCCACAGAAUGAUGAGUGGUGGCCGACCAUUGCCGAGUUUCUCGACUACACUCAUACCUGGUCCAUCGCAUCUGUGACAUCCAUUGGGUGGGUUGUUAUCGCCUACCUGCUGACGGUCGCCAGCUCGCUAUCGGACGUGCCCUCCAACAUCAAUUCCAACGGUCAAGGGACGGGAUCGGUGUGGUUGUGGCUCAUUCCAAUCGUUAUAGGUUGGCUGCAGCUGUCCCCGAAGUGCGAUUAUGCACGCGUUAGAAAGGCCAUGGACAACGCAGAUGCGAUGGCAUUUGUAGCCACCGAUCAUGAAUAUGUCGUAAAGGCAUCAAAUCUUUCGGAAAAGCGAGCAGUGUCCAUCGAUACCAACAUGGAAAAUCCUUCGUCUCCCGACGAAAUGUUGACUCCGCCCGUUUAUAACUAUGCCAGAGCCAUUUCAUGGUCUCGGUCGGCAGAGGACGUUUUCGAUGCUUUUCGAAUAGCCUCUAGCAAUGCCAGAAUACACAGGCCGGUCAUGAUCGGUGCGACAUGGAUGAACACGAAUAAGAGGAAUUUUAUUGAGCCCAGCAACAGGGAAGGAAACGCAUCCGAAGUCAAUGCUUACUGCAGACUUCCUCGAUAUGCGGUACGGAGCGCCUGGGCGACAGGGAUGUUCUAUCGCAUGUUCGUGGCCUCACUGCUGCCUCUAGCUUUGCAAUGGGCAACAACUGGAUCUGCAGUACUAGUUGUGUAUUUGACACCGACUGUGGGUCUUGGUUGCAGAUCUCUCGGUUACCUCAUCUAUGGCGCACUUGCGACGAUAGUAUGGGCGAUGCUCGUUAUGUCGAGCAUUCUGUCGCACUACGCAUUCUCGUGUGCAGACAGACCCGGGAGUUCUUCCUCAUACACUGUUAUCCGUCUCGCAAAGGUAGCAUCUAAUCUUUUGAGGUGGGGAGGGAAAUUGGUGGCAAUCGUCAAUGCACUCUGGAUAAUUGCGGCGGGGAUGCUGCAGUUUACGAGUAUCUAUGAUAAUUGUUACUGCAACUCGAGUGUGUUGGGGAGAGGGGCCCAGUAUGCAUAUGACAUUGUCCUGCUCGAUGGUGUAGAUUUAAAUCCGACCAAAGCCGCUUGGUUCGGAGCGUUGGCUUUGGCUGGGACUACCUGCUUGGGAUUCAUCUUUUACAUGAGUCUAUUAACUGAUCUUGUACCUAUAUAAGGUCUCCGGCGACAAUAUACUACACUAUACUUUCGUACCCAUAACGGUUCAUUCCAUGAGUUGAGAAUCAAAAUGCAUGAUUAGCAGCAUCUACCACCAGUAAUAUCGCUAGGAGUGUAAUAGUGAGGUCCGCGAAAAGUCCGUGAUAAUUCCCCUACAAAUAUCCAUGUCCACUGGUGAUCAAUCAAAAAAAUGAACGACCACAGCAGUAGU